AUGGAGAUAGUUUUACCAGAAUUUAAGAUCCUUGAUUCACCACCAAGUUCAGAUAACAGUUCGAUAAAAAAAAUUGAUAUAUAUGGAGUUAAAUCACAGAUAUCAUCAUUGCAAAAUCAUGAUCGUAAUCGAAUCAAAUUAAUAUGUCCCAAAAUUAACACUAGCAAUUCUUAUAGAAAUCAUGUUGACGAUGUAGAACCACGUACGAUAAAAAGUCGGACUGAAUCUUGUAGUUCCCAACAUACUUUGGUGAGCUCAGUUCCUAAAUUACUCGAAGACGACAAUCCUAUCAUGGAAAGUCCUGAUGAGAUGAGCGAUGAUAUACAGAUAACCAGUAAUGCACAGAUAAAUGAUGAUGAACAAAAAACAGAUCAUUUGCUAACUUCACAUCACAAAUUACAAAGGGAUAAAGCUCAUCCUCUUCGGAAACCUACUUAUGAACUAAAUGCAUUGAUAAUUUUGGUUUCUAUUGGAUCAUAUAUUCUUGGUUAUUUAGGUUUCGCAUUUCUUUGGAUACUUUUUGUACUUUAUCAAUGUGUGAGUUGGUAUAUGAAUACAUUAGAGAAUGAUACCGAGAGCAUUAUAUGGAAAACUAAACGUGAAAUUUCUAUGGACAAAUUGAAAAGAGAUGAAGGCGAAACUGUAGAAUGGCUAAACUAUUUAUUACUACAAAUUUGGCGAACGUUUGAUCCAUCGCUAUUGGUUGGCAUCCGAGAUAUGCUUGAAGAUGCAUUGUCACGUAGUGCUCCAUCUUUCGUGCGCGCAACAGAUAUCGAGGCACUUGAAAUCGGUUUAAUUGCCCCACGAAUUGAAAAUAUCAAAAUAUUUCCACUAUCUGAAAGCGAAGAUAACGAAGACGUUUUG